AUGGACGAAGGAUUCACCAAGACCGUAGAAGAAAGUCGUCCACUUGAGAACAGCACGGAGUACCGGAGUCUCGUCGGCGCGCUCCUCUAUGUGGCGGUUUGUGCCAGACCGGACAUAGCAGUAAGUGCCUCGAUACUCGGACGGAGUGUCACGGCGCCCACGCAGGCGGACAUGGCGGCGGCGAAGCGAGUGGUCCGCUACCUCAAAGCCACGAAAUCCUGGCAGCUCCGCUACGACGAUCCAGACGGAGAAUUGGUCGGCUACUCCGACGCGGAUUGGGCCGGCGAUUUGAAAACCAGAAAAUCUACGACUGGAUCCGUCUUCCUCUAUUCCGGAGGAGCUGUUUCCUGGGCGAGCCGUCUCCAGCAGUGCGUGACUCUGUCGUCCAUGGAAUCGGAGUUCGUCGCUCUUUGCGACACAUCCCAAGAAGCAGUCUGGCUGCUGACCCUGAUGGAAGACUUCGGCGAACCGGAGCAGAAACCGUUGACCAUCAAGGAGGACAACCAAAGUUGCAUCAAAUUUGUUGCAGCGGAAAGAACAACGCGGCGUUCCAAGCACGUAGAUACCAAGCACUGCUACGUGAAGGAACUCUGUGAACGGAAGGUGCUACAGCUGGAGUACUGUCCGACCGAGGACAUGAUUGCGGACGUGCUCACCAAACCCGUAGGAGCCGUGAAGCACCGGAAGCUGUCUUCGCUGCUUGGACUUGCAGCGCACGGCAGUGGUCGUUGA